ACCGACCUAGAAGUGAAUGUCGACGAUCUUGUGAAGCUGUUGUCGCCGACAAUGUCGCUGAUCGUUCGCCGCAAAACGAUGGAAAUCGUUACUCAACUUGGGACACCGCUCGAUGGAUCAGCCGGAAAAUACUUCCAAGCACAAGACUUUGCACUAGGAAGAGCCAUCUGUCAAUUGUGCGAGGCGACGGCGUCGGAUCGGACGGAGACGUUGGCAGCGCUUACGAAUUAUACUUCUGGAUCGAUUGAAGCAGCGGAUUUUGUACUGGAACACUCGAAAUGUGUGGAAAUCGCCUAUACGUCGGUAGUAACGAAUGCACUCUACUCGUCAGUCGCUUCUCGGCUUCUUGUCAACGUUUCCCGUCACUUCCCGGACCGUGUUGACCAAAAAUUGAAGGCUCGCAAUGCGGAUUACAUUGGAGCGUUGUUGGGACUUCAUGGAUCAUUGCUGGAUGCGUCGGACGAGUAUCUGUGCGCGAUUCUGGCUCCGCUGAUGGACGUGAAUGAUAAUUUGGAUGACGAGGAGAUGGGCAAGCUUCCAGUGCGGCUUCAGUAUUACGAGAAGGAGAGAGACGCGAGUGAUAUUGUGCGACAAAAGUUGAUUGAGGCACUUUUUCAGCUAUGCGCUACAAAACACGGUCGUCAAGUGCUCCGUUCCAAAGGUGUCUACCCAGCGAUGCGAGAAUUGGACAAGGCGACUGAGGAGGCUGAAUCGAAGAAGGAGAGAAAACUGUUGAGCUCACAACAAGAGCACACUCUUCACGCUCUCAUUGGAAUUCUGAUUCGCUAUGAAUCGGAAAUGGACGUCGAUCCGGAGCUAUCGUCGAUUCGGGAGCUGGGAACUGUCGAGGAGCAGGAG